UCUGAUGUACUUAGCGCUAAGUUAAUGUGAUGUGUGCGGGUAGUAGCCGUAUCAUGCGCAUGUCGCCAGUAAAAAAUUAAAAUCACUUGUUAAACCCGCAACAAAGGCAGCAUUCAACGGCGACCUCUAAGACUGAACGAGUGGGAAAGUAUUUAGUGUUCCGGGAGCGUAUCCUAAAUGUUGCCCUUAAACUUAGGAACUUUGUGAUCUACUCAACUAGAUAAAGAAAUAUUACCGUAAGCUUCUCUACGGUACUCUGAUUGGACGCGGUCGAUAUCGAUAAGCAAUAUAUCGGGCAAACGGCGCACACUGGAUCGGUAGCACGGAGUUAGUGAUUAGUUAGUUUGAGCGAAAAAUAAAAACCGGAACACAGUGAACCAUGCCUGCACAAAGUGGACGCCGUGAUGGAGCAGAGGCAGGCGAGCAGAAGGAUAACUCGGGCUACAUUGCACUAGGUGGCGUGGCCGUCGUUAUUCUGUACCUUGCCUUCGGCUAUGGAGCUCAGAUCCUCUGCAACGUGAUUGGAGUUGCGUAUCCCGCCUACAUCUCGAUGAAAGCCAUUGAAACCCGCACUAAAGAGGAUGACACCAAAUGGCUAACGUACUGGGUAACGUUCGGUGUGCUUUCGGUAUUUGAGCACUUUUCCUUCUUCCUGGUUCAGAUCAUCCCGUUCUACUGGUUGCUGAAGUGCUUGUUCCACAUAUGGUGUAUGGUACCGAUGGAAAACAACGGUUCCACCAUCAUGUACCAUAAGGUCAUUCAGCCAUACUUCAAGAAAUACGAAAAGGUUGCCGACAAUUUCAUCAGCGACACCACGGACAAGCUGAAGCAGACGGCUGGAGAAAUGAUCUCGAAAGUCAAAUCAACCUAACUUGCAUAUCUUGCACUACUCCCCAACAAAACACUCACAAACAAUCACACACUAAGCACACACAGAUACACACACACACACGCACACAAACACAUAUAGAUAUAAAGGACCCUCCCGACCUCUUCUAACAACCCCUCUCGAUGACGGACGAUCGAACUUUGCGACAUAAAUUAGGAAAAGAAAUCUGUUAGCAAAUGGACGUAGUUGGGGGUGUUUGAGAAAGACGAAAAAUUAUACAAGUCAUUCGCCAUCGUAAA